AAGAAGAGUCUAAAGUCAUGGAGGCGGCAACGGGGGAAAUCAUAAUAAAUACAAUGCUCGUACCAAAAUGGUUAUAUUGAAAUUCAGUCUUCAAUUCGUCCUUUGUAUUAUGUCCGUGAGGUAGACGACAUAUUUUUGCUUUAUCUGUAACAUGCAGCAUACGUCAUUGUGAUGGGUUUCUUGUUUUGCUAACCGAAGCCGUUGACAACGACUCGCCCCUGUCAGCAUCACGACUAGAAAGCAGUGUAGUACUGACUGAUCAGAAUGGCUCACUGGAGUAGGUUCGAAAAGGAGCUGGAGCUCGAGACCAAGAGACUCAUCUCACAUUUCACAGCCAUUCAGGAUGAGGAAGAUCAAAACUUUCAAACGGCACUGAAGUUUACCUGGUCUAAUUUUAAGUUUCAUCGUUUCCUUGAAGCCAACAGACAUAAUGUGCAGCGCUCCAUUAUUGGUAUUCAUGAGAAGCUCAUGGUUCACUCUGACUUGAGUAAAGCGGAGAGCUGGACACGACUCACUGAAGAAUUUCUCACUUCGCCUCUUCCUAAUACAGAUGGAACAAAGACUGACAUCCAUUAUGGUAUCCUGGCUUUAUUACUUCAUCUGUCUGACUCUCCAUCCAAUACAAACUACUGUGAAAGGCCCAGACUGAAAGAGACAGAGAAAGAAGACACGUUUGACUGGGCCAAGUACCUCAUGGAAGGAGAAGAUUUUGAUCCUGGACCUUUUCCAGACACUCCAGAGUGGUCUGAGGAGGAAAGUGAAGAAGAAGACAGCCAGCAGCCCUUGAGCAGAGAAGAUUCUGGAAUACAGGUGGACAGAACGCCACAGGAGGACCACGAGCAGAAUGACAAGACCGUUCAAGUCACCUGGACCGUUGGUGAGCCGGACUCCAGGGCUUGGUUGGAGCAGCAUAUUGUCACUUCGUAUUGGGUUCCCAACUCUCCCCGUUUUCCACACAGCCUUCACCUGCACUCUAACCUCUACAACGUUUGGGAUCAGCACCUGUAUAACACUGGGCCUCUCUACCUGCCUGAGGAGAAAUCUUUUGUUACUGAGACUCAAGUGAUUCGAGAAACCCUUUGGCUUUUCUCUGGCGUGAAGAAACUUUUCAUUUUCCAACACAAUGACGGCAAGGUGACUGUGAGGAAUGAUGUGGUAGUCACGCAUCUAACCAAUAACUGUCUUCACUCUGUACUGGAGCACAUAGCGGCCUAUGGACAGGCUGUUUCCCGCCUGCAAAAGUUUAUUGAUGAAGUGACCGGCCACAGUGCAGAACCCUGUCCUCCAGGUCUUAACUCUUCCUCUUCAUCCUCCAAGAAGAGUUCCGAGCCUCCUUUCAGGACCUACCAAGCAUUCGUUUGGGCCCUUUAUAAAUACUUCACCAGCUUUAAAGAAGAGCUCAAUGCUAUUGAGAAAGACAUCAUAGCCAAAGAUGAGACUGUGACUUUGUCUUCGGUGCUGGAACGUUUGAGUCCUCAUCUGGCUCAGAUCACGAUGCUCCACAGGGUAUUUUGCACAGGAGUGGCUGAGGUGCCGCCCGAAACUCCCAAUGUUUUACGAGCCUCACACUUACUCAACACCCUCUACAAGGCCAUCAUUGAGUAUGACAGUGUGGGUGAAGCCUCUGAGCAGUCUGUGGCGCUUCUUUUUUCUCUCUGGGUAGAAACAGUCAGGCCAUAUCUUGAGAUUGUGGAUGAAUGGAUUGUUCACGGUCACUUAUUUGACCCUGCCAAGGAGUUCAUCAUUCAGAGAAACAAGGAUGUACCAGUAAACCACAGGGACUUCUGGUAUGCCACUUACACUCUGUAUAGCGUGUCUGAGACUGUGGAGAGUGAGGAGAGGCUCAGCGAUGCAGCCAGUGGAAGUUCAGGUGGAGAACAGGCGUCCAGCAGCAGGCAACACACCAUGGUGUCCUUCCUCAAGCCAGUGCUCAAGCAGAUCAUCAUGGCAGGAAAGUCCAUGCAGCUCCUCAAGAACCUGGACUGCAAGGAGACCGAACAACCUGAUGGCUCCUCCAGAGAUGCUGAGAGAAAGAGUCUGUACACGCUCUUCUUGGAGUCGGUGCAGACUCGUCUUCGGCGUGGAGAAGAGUCACCCACCAACACGGUUACCGAGCAACAGGCCACUAAGAAGAGCCUGAUCAAAAUGCAGUCCAUCGUGGCCCGUCAUCUGGAGCUGGAUGACAUCCAUGACCCCCUGUUGGCCAUUAAUUUUGCAAGGCUUUAUUUAGAGCAGAAUGACUUUCAUGAGAAAUUCUCUGGUGGCAGUGUGAUUCUGGAUCGCUCCUCUGAGUCUGUGACAUGCCAGACGUUUGAGCUCACACUUCGCUCCUGUCUGUAUCCACAUAUUGAGAGGAGAUACAUCGAAUGCUGUGGGAACCUCAUGAGAACCCUGAAGAAAGACUACAGGCUACUGGGGUACUUGCAGGCCAUGAGAAACUACUUCCUGCUGGAGGCUGGGGAUACCAUGUAUGAUUUCUACACAGCUAUUUUCGACAAAGUUCUGGAGAAGGAGAGCUGGCAGCAGCUGGCGUUCCUCAACGUGCAGCUGCAGGAGUCUGUGGGACAGCGCCAUCCUGAGGACAGUCAUAGGUUGUCCAUCUUUCUUGAAACUAUCGAUCCUGCGAGGAAAAAGCAGCCAGUGAAUAACCUUGACGGUCUUACGCUGAGUUAUAAGGUUCCAUGGCCUGUAGACAUUGUCAUUAGUUCAGAGUGUCAGAAAAUCUACAAUCAAGUCUUCCUGUUGCUACUUCAGAUCAAAUGGGCCAAAUAUAGUCUGGACACAUUACGAUUCAGUGAUUUGACAGUAGCCGCUAAGAGGAAAGAAGGAGGCCAGCCUGAGGAAAACACAGCCAAAGAGCCCAUAAACCAGCAGAUUCACAGGAUGUUUCUCCUGAGGGUCAAACUCAUGCACUUUGUCAACAGCCUGCACAAUUACAUUAUGACAAGGAUCCUGCACAGUACGGGUCUAGAGUUUCAACACCAAGUACAGGAGGCAAAAGACCUGGACCAGCUCAUCAAAAUCCACUACAGAUACUUGUCCACCAUUCAUGACCGAUGUUUGCUCAGAGAGAAAGUCAGUUUUGUCAAGGAGGCCAUCAUGAAAGUGCUGAAUUUAGUUCUCAUCUUCUCUGACAGAUGGCAGGCUGGUUUUGGGGCCUGGAAAAUCGAGUCAAUUGACAAAAUGGAGUCGGAUUUUAAAAACUGUCACAUGUUCCUGGUGACCAUAUUAAACAAGGCUGUUUGCAGAGGCUCUUUUCCUCAUUUGGAGUCCUUGGCGAUGUCACUAAUGGCUGGAUUUGAACAGUGUUAACCGAUCAAUCCAGAGCACUGAACACAAGACGGUUUAUUUAUUGUACUGCUGCAUGAAGGCUACUGUACUGUUCCUGUUCAUCUCUGCUAGACGUCUGAUGCAAAAUCACAAUAGCACUCCACUGGUACAGAAGUAGCACUUUGUGUGUGUGUGUGUGAACAGUGAAACUUUUGUUCAAUUGUCUACAAAACAGUUGCUGCAUCAAGAUACUCAGUGUUACAGGUCAAAAGUCAAAUGUGAAAUUUAAGUGUCCUCUACGUGUAGCGGAUAUAUGAAGCGCACAUGCCAGUAAUCCCAAUUAUGUAUAUAACUUGUAAUAGGCACACUCAAAUUUAAGUAGUGUACAUAAUAUAAGCUAGAAUCCAAAAUUGUAGACUACAUUUGUAUGCAGUUCAAGCUUAUAUUUAUAUAUGUUGUGGUUGCUUAAAGUCAUUUUUCAUUGUGAUGAAUGGGCUACUGCAUAAUAAAAUGAUUUCCAUGACUUUAGGAA